AUGGCCUCCACAAAUCCCCUCCACGCUCCGGUCUCUAGUGCCCAAUAUUCUUCUUAUUCAUCCCUAUCCGGGGCACUCAUAGACCCAUCUCACAAGUUCGAAUCCCCCUUCCGCCGGUGGCUCCCUCAGAGCAGCUACACCCCAGCAUCGAAAUGGCGCUCAACUACAGGCACCGAUGGCCACCAAAUCCCCGCCAUCUCCUUCGACUUUAUCGGCCACUCAAAACAAGGCGUUCCGAUGCGGGAACUGAACAUGAGGAGCCUUAGCGCUCUCGCCCAGAUGAUGGACAGAGCAAAUGAGUCUGUGUUUGCGUCCUCUGGUCUCCAACGGAUAACUCUCCGGAUUAUGUGGCCUGGCUAUACUCACGUAGAGUGGGCUCGUGCAAUCGACUUGGUUUCUCAUGGACCCAUGACACGGGCGCAACUCGCUCAGGUCCUUGCUCAGAAUUUUGCUCGUUUUAUGGACGUUGCCCGGACAGAGCGGCCGGAUGUCUCGGAGUACGCAAUUGGACCUGGCGGUAUCCAAUUCGAGCACCUCGUCCUCGUCGGAAUCCACAAUGUCUUCGAGGAUGUCUGGCAAGCAGACGUUGCCAUUGACCGGCGCUAG